AUCAACGGCACGGAUCCAUCCGAACUCGACCUCGACUCUCAUCAGUACCAUGUCGAGCUUCGUUUCGUGGCCGCUGUCGCUAGCAUUUCCCCCCGGCGAGCUGAAUUUACGACACCAAUAACGGAUCAAGAUCACCACCGCAGCUCCAAAGUCUCUGGCAUAGAAUACCGUUAUUCCACUACUAUCAUCUUUUGUGGUGGAUAUGGAUAUAGAGGCGCAGCUUGGGCUGCUGCAAUCGUUGGAGAUGUUAUGGGAUGA